GGGAUUUCUGGUGUCUGGGACUUGUCAAGGCUGAUUACUGAAGGGAAGAAGUAUAGACAUGGCUCAGAAGAAGCGGAAGGGACACAGGACACGGAAACCGGCUAAGGACCGAGGAGAAGAGGAGAGCGACACAGGGGAGUUUGAUGUCACCUCCGGGGUCCCAGAACAAGAUGGAGUGCACCUCCCAUCAUUCCCCACUGCAGAUGGUGGUUCGGAUACAGAAUUGGACACUAGACAAUUGGUUCGAGCACAGAACAAAAAGAAAAAGAAGUCAGGAGGGUUCCAGUCAAUGGGUCUUAGUUAUCCUGUCUUUAAGGGUGUGAUGAAGAAAGGUUACAAAGUUCCAACACCAAUCCAAAGAAAGGUAAUUCCUGUCAUUCUGGAUGGCAAGGAUGUCGUAGCUAUGGGACGAACUGGCAGUGGUAAAACUGCUUGCUUCCUCAUCCCUAUGUUUGAGAAGCUGAAGGCUCACAGUGCACAAACUGGUGUCCGUGGACUUAUUUUAUCACCUACCAGAGAACUUGCCCUGCAGACUCUGAAGUUCACCAAAGAGCUUGGAAAAUUUACUGGUUUGAAGACUGCCCUUAUAUUGGGUGGAGACAAGAUGGAAGAUCAGUUUGCUGCGCUACAUGAAAACCCUGAUAUAAUCCUUGCUACCCCUGGUCGUCUCAUGCACGUGGCAGUGGAGAUGAAUCUGAAGUUACGCAGUGUUGAGUAUGUGGUCUUUGAUGAAGCAGACAGACUUUUUGAAAUGGGGUUUGCUGAGCAGCUGCAGGAGAUCCUUGCUCGUCUUCCAGAAGCCCGCCAGACCUUGCUUUUCUCAGCCACUCUACCCAAGAUGCUGCUAGAAUUUGCCCGUGCAGGUCUUACUGAACCUGUGCUAAUCCGUCUAGAUGUUGACACAAAGCUAAAUGAUCAAUUAAAGCUGGCAUUUUUUAACGUGAGGGCCGAAGAUAAACCUGCUGUUCUUUUACAUCUUUUGCGCUGCAUUAUAAAACCUCAGGAACAAACAGUCAUCUUUGUGGCCACCAAACACCAUGCUGAGUAUCUGAGAGAGAUGCUGGAUAUGCAGAGUAUCCCAUGUUCCCAUAUAUACAGCUCUCUUGAUCAGACUGCCAGAAAGAUUAACCUGGGUUUGUUUCUGCAUGGAAAAGUAAACGCUUUAUUGGUCACAGAUGUGGCAGCUCGCGGUAUUGAUAUACCUAUGCUUGACAAUGUCAUCAAUUAUAACUUCCCUCCCAAAGGCAAACUUUUCCUGCAUCGUGUGGGUCGUGUGGCUAGAGCAGGUCGGAGCGGCACAGCUUAUUCUCUGAUAGCUCCUGAUGAAACGCCUUAUGUGUAUGAUCUUCACCUCUUUCUAGGAAGACCACUGAAACUGGCAGACCCACAGGCUGAUUUAGGUACAUCAUAAAGUCCUGCUAGUGAUCUGGAUGCAGAUGGUGUUCUAGGACGAGUUCCACAAAGUUUGAUAGAUGAUGAAGAUGCUCUGCUAAUCACAGACCAUGAGAGAUCUUUAGAGCUGCAGAACCUGCAUCGCAUCUCUGAAAAUGCUUACAAACAAUACAGCAAAUCCAGACCAGCCCCAGCUCCAGAGUCUAUAAAACGUGUCAAAGAAGCCAAUUACAACCUGUUGGGAGUGCACCCCUUGUUCUGGUCUCGUCUUGGUGGGGAAGAAAUGCAGAGACUGAAGUUUGUGGACAGCAUUAAAUCUUAUAAAUCAAAAGCGACAAUCUUUGAAAUUAAUGCGACCAAUAAGACAACUGCCAGUGAAGUGAUGCGUGCCAAGAGAAAUCAAGAUUGUAAGGUCAUCUCCAAGUUCCAGCGUUUGCAGGAAGAGAAAGCAAAUAGUACAGCACGGUCCCCAGCCAGUGUUAAACCUGAUCUGUCAGCCAGCCAAGACAGUUCUGAAGAAAAUAUAGAGGGGGUUUUCUCACAAGUGGUUGGAAAGAGGAAGAGGUCAGAUGGGGCUGACGCUGAAAGCAGAAAGAAAAAUAAAACGGAUACUACUCAGGAUGCAGAGUAUUACAUCCCAUACAAACCAAAGGACUUUGAGAGUGAAAAAGGACUGAGUAUCGGAGGCAGCAGCUUUGAGCAGGCAGCAGCAGGGGCAGUACUGGAUCUGCUGGGGGACCAGACUGAGAAUCUUUGCAAAAACAAACAUAUCCUGAAGUGGGAUCGUAAGAAAAAAAAGUUUGUGGGAGCUGGAGGACAUGAGGAUAAGAGGAAAGUAAAGACAGAGAGCGGACGUCGUAUCAGCAGCUCUUAUAAGACAAACAUAUAUGAGGACUGGAAGAAAAAGUACAAGAUUGAUGAUCAGGACUCUGAGGAAGAUGAAGGCACACAGACCGGAAGGACACAUAAGAAGGGAAGAGGUAGACGUGGUGGCCCUCAAGGUGGGCCCCGUACAGAGACACCAGGCCCCCGUGGCCAGGUCCGCUCUGAGCUGCGCACCAAACAGCAGAUUCUCAAGCAGAGAAGAUCACAGGAUAAACAGCGUUUCUUACAAAGCGGAGGAAUGAAAAAAAUCAAAAAUAAAACAAAGCAGAGAAUGCAGGAUAUGAGGAAAUCUGCUUUUGGCAGAGGGAAGAGCAAUGGAUUUAAGAAAGGAAAGAUGAAGAAAAGAUCUUGAUGCUUCCAAGCAUGUUGAUGAGCUCCUGCAGCGGUAACCAGAACACCACAUAGCUCAUUUGGAAUAAACUUGCUUGCUGUGCAAAGGAACACUACGUUGGUCUGUAUUGGACAGGCAUAAUAAAUGGAUUCCUGAUCCACAGCUUGAGCAUUUAUAACUUUGCUCAAAUAAACAGACAAAACCUUGGCAAAUUUUAAAGAUGAUUUAUUUAUCUUUC